AUGUGGGUUCAAGCUGCUUGUGUUGUUGUCACCACUCUCCUACAAAUUCAAAAGGAAGAUGGCACAAGCAAGGAGUAUCCUUUGGGGGAUGCCCUUGAGGCCACCAAAAAUACUUUGAUUCAAGGCAGUACAAAACUCUUAUUGGAUUUCUAUGUUGUUCUUGAUGAAGAGUUGGGAUUGAUAUUGAAGCUAGGAGACAUGAUGAUUGGUUGGAUACAUGAAGGGUUUUAG